CCGGCGGCGGGCGCAGCCCUGGAUUUAAAGGCGCCGCGACGGCCGAAGGGGCGGCGGGAUGUCCCGCCGGGCGGCGGAGGAGUACCAGCGGUGCUACACGGUCAGCGACCCCCGCAGCCACCCGAAGGGCUACACGGAGUACAAAGUCACCGCCAAAUUUGUCUCAAAGGUGAAUCCGGAUGAUGUCAAGGAGAUUGUGGUCUGGAAGAGGUACAGCGACUUCAAGAAGUUGCACGCGGACUUGGCUUACACCCACCGCCACCUCUUCCGCCGCCUGGAGGACUUCCCCUCCUUCCCCAGAGCCCAGCUCUUUGGCCGCUUUGACCCCGAGGUGAUUGAAGACAGGCGGAAGGCGGCCGAAGCCGUGCUGCGCUUCACCGUGCACAUCCCUGCCUUAAACAACAGCCCCCGGCUGAAGGAGUUCUUCCAGGGUGGAGAGGGGAGGAGUUGUCCCGGGCACUGCGACUCGCCUUCUCUGCCUCUGCCUCUGCCUCUGACCCCGGUGCCCGCGGGAGGAGUCGAACAGGGCGAAGAUGCUCUGGAGUUAGUCCAGGAAGACGGACUGCUGGGCACGAAGCCGGAGGCGGCCAGGGAGGAUGGCGUCUCUGAGGCCCGGAUGGAGAACAGAGAGGGGACCUCUGAACCUAUGAAACCAGAGGACCUGGACGCCCUCUUUGCCACUGGGGAGGCGGAUGUGGAGGAGGUCAAGAGCAACUCGCCUUCCCACUGCCUCUUAUCGGUCCAAGAACUAGCUCUCUUUGACCCCUUUUCCAAGGAAGCCUCGGCUGCCACCAGCCUCUCCCACGGGGAAGAUCUGGCUUCUCUGGAAGGCUCAGGGACCAGGCCGGGAUUCCUUCUCAGCACAGAAACAGUGCGGAAGCCUGAGGAAGGGGGUGCCUCGUCGGACCCCGGCAGGUAUCUGCCCCUGGCGACGGAGCGGAUCCGGCAGGCCGUGCUGUGUGAAGCCACCAAAGACUACCAGGGAGCCUUUCAUGGCUACCGCAGCGGAGUCGACUUGCUCCUUCAGGGUCUGCAAGGGGAUCCAGAUCCAGCCCGCAGGGAAGCAGUCAAGAAGAAGACGGCGGAGUACCUCCAGAGAGCUGAAGAGAUCUCUCAGCAACAUUUGAAAGAUCUAGAGCUGUGAGUCCAACCCCAGACCCACCAUCAGCCUUUCCUGCUGCCAACAGACCAGGGAUCCUGCCUGGCCACUUUCCUGAGGCUGUUUUUUGUAGGGUGUUGGAAUUCCAGCAUAAAACAAGUUUGUAAAUUUUCUUUCAAGUGAC